AUUUUAGUCAGGCGGUGAGUCGGCCGCCUGUCCGGGGCCAGAGUAGAAGAAGACGAGUCCUCCGCCCGGCCACCCCAGCUUGAAGCGCUUAGCACUUUCGUCCUCCCGCUCAAGAUGGUGGCCUCGCGGGCAAUCGGCAGCCUCAGCCGCUUCGCUGCUUCCAGGACGCUUCGCUGCCGAGGUUACAUUUGCCGCAACUUUACAGGAUCCUCUGCUUUGCGGGCCAGAACCCAUAUUAACUAUGGAGUCAAAGGGGAUGUGGCAGUUGUUCGAAUUAACUCACCCAAUUCAAAGGUAAAUACUCUGAAUAAAGAACUGCAGUCAGAGUUUGUAGAAGUAAUGAAUGAAAUCUGGGCCAGUGAUCAAAUCAGAAGUGCUGUCCUUAUCUCAUCAAAGCCUGGAUGCUUCAUUGCAGGUGCUGAUAUCAACAUGUUAUCUGCUUGCAAGAAUGCUCAGGAAGUAUCACAAGUAUCACAGGAAGGACAAAAGAUGUUUGAGAAACUUGAGAAAUCCCCAAAGCCCAUUGUGGCUGCCAUCAGUGGAUCCUGCUUGGGAGGAGGACUUGAGCUUGCCAUUUCAUGCCAAUACAGAAUAGCAACAAAAGAUAAAAAAACAGUAUUAGGUGCCCCUGAAGUCUUGCUGGGGAUCUUGCCAGGAGCAGGCGGCACACAAAGGCUGCCCAAAAUGGUAGGUGUGCCUGCUGCUUUUGACAUGAUGCUAACUGGUAGAAACAUUCGCGCAGAUAGAGCCAAAAAAAUGGGGCUAGUUGACCAAUUGGUGGACCCGCUGGGACCAGGCUUAAAACCUGCAGAUGAACGGACAAUUGAAUACCUAGAAGAAGUUGCAGUUACUUUUGCCAAAGGAUUAGCUGAUAAGAAAAUCUCUCCAAAGAGAGACAAGGGAUUGAUAGAAAAAUUGACAUCGUACGCCAUGAAUAUUCCAUUUGUCAGGCAACAGAUUUAUAAAAAGGUGGAAGAAACAGUACGAAAGCAGACCAAAGGCCUUUAUCCUGCACCUCUGAAAAUAAUUGAUGUGGUAAAGACGGGACUAGAGCAAGGGAGUGAUGCUGGCUACCUCUCUGAAUCUCAGAAAUUUGGAGAGCUUGCAAUGACCAACGAAUCAAAGGCCUUGAUGGGACUUUACCAUGGUCAAGUCCUGUGCAAGAAGAAUAAAUUUGGAAAUCCGCAGAAGGAGGUUAAGCACCUCGCCGUGCUGGGUGCGGGGCUGAUGGGGGCCGGCAUUGCCCAGGUGUCUGUGGACAAGGGCCUGAAGACUAUCCUGAAAGAUGCCACACUGCCCGGGCUGGGCCGAGGGCAGCAACAAGUGUUCAAGGGGCUGAAUGAUAAAGUGAAGAAGAAAGCCCUAACAUCAUUUGAAAGAGACUCCAUUUUCAGCAACUUGACUGGGCAGCUUGAUUACAAGGGUUUUGAAAAGACUGACAUGGUGAUUGAAGCCGUUUUUGAGGACCUCAGUCUUAAACACAAAGUGCUGAAGGAGGUAGAAGCGGUGAUUCCAGACCACUGUAUCUUUGCCAGUAACACAUCUGCUCUCCCAAUCAGUGGAAUUGCUUCUGUCAGCAAGAGACCUGAGAAGGUGAUCGGCAUGCACUACUUCUCUCCCGUGGACAAGAUGCAGCUGCUGGAGAUCAUCACAACUGACAAAACUUCAAAAGACACAACUGCUUCUGCUGUCGCAGUUGGUCUCAAGCAGGGGAAGGUCAUCAUUGUGGUCAAGGAUGGACCUGGCUUCUAUACCACCAGAUGCCUCGCGCCCAUGAUGUCAGAAGUCAUCAGGAUUCUCCAGGAGGGUGUUGACCCCAAGAAGCUGGAUACCCUCACCACAAGCUUUGGCUUUCCUGUGGGUGCUGCCACACUGGUGGAUGAAGUUGGUGUGGAUGUAGCAAAGCACGUAGCAGAAGAUCUAGGCAAAGCCUUUGGGGAGCGAUUUGAAGGUGGAAGUUUAGAACUGCUGAAACAGAUGGUGUCCAAAGGCUUCCUGGGUCGCAAAUCUGGGAAGGGUUUUUACAUCUACCAGGAAGGUGUGAAGAAUAAGAAUCUGAACUCCGACAUGGAUGGUAUUCUGGCAGGUCUGAAGGUGCCGCCUAAGCCCGAGGUCUCCUCCGAUGAAGACGUCCAGUACCGCCUGGUGACACGAUUCGUGAAUGAGGCAGCCAUGUGCCUGCAGGAAGGGAUCUUGGCCACUCCUGCAGAGGGAGACAUCGGUGCCGUCUUUGGGCUCGGCUUCCCCCCCUGUCUCGGAGGGCCCUUCCGCUUUGUGGAUCUGUAUGGCGCACAGAAGAUCGUGGACCGGCUCAGGAAGUACGAGGCUGCCUAUGGGAAGCAGUUCACCCCGUGCCAGCUGCUUGUUGACCACGCCAGCAGCUCCAAGAAGUUUUACCAGUGAGCAGGCUCCUCAGCCUGCUGCCUGCACACUAACCCCAGGGCUGGUUGUCCAGCUGAGUGACUAGAUUUAUCAGAGUCGCCAGAGGGAAGCAAACUCUGGCACUGGUGUGCCCUUGACUGAAGUGCCUUCAGCUCUAACCGUCUUCCUCCCAGUGAAGUCUGGCUGUGAAUUAGUUUGCACUUCAGAUUGGAAGGCGGAGCCCACCACGCCCAUGAAGUCACAGGCCCAAAGCAGCUUCUCUGGAGCCUGUCCCUCCCGAGGCCAACGGCGAGCAGUGGUGGUGCCAGCAUUUCUGCCCGGCCAGACGCGUAUCAAUAAAAACCGAACUCUCC